AUGGCCUCACCAACCAUCGAUUAUUUUGCCGACGACCUCGCCGAGCUCGACGACGACCUCGACGAGCUUAAUGACGACCUCGCCAAGCUCGACGAUAUCUUCAUCAAGACCAUCGAUUAUAUCAUCGAUGUCAUCGAUUCUCUCCGCAAGGCAUCGAUUGCGCACAACGCCGAGCUGGUCAAGGCCAAGACGCCAGACGCAGUCCUGGCUCUGACAGCGGCUGCGGGCGAGAAGGAGGACGCCAUCAAUCGAGCCUCGGCGCUCUUCCGUAUCGCCAAGACGUUCAUGGGCUCGGUCAAGGCGAUCACCCCGUCGGCCGCAUCGCUCGACACGCUGGAGCGGAUGCAUCCGUCGCUGCGGCGGCAGGCCCGAGUCCUCACCGCUGACCCGCGCUACGUUGCACUGAUGGACCGCAUCGCGGGCGAUGUCCGCAAUAUGUCGGUCCGCCAGGCAGCGUCUGUGGCGUGGGGCCUCGCCCGGCUGUACGACAACCGCGCGUACGGCGGCGACGAGGUGGCGCUCCUCAGCCGGGUCCGCGACCAGUUUGGCGCCGAGAUUGCUCGCGCAGCAGGACGCGGCAAGGGUGGCCUCGCCCGUGAGCACGACACCUCGGUCGGCAUCGCCAUGUGGGCACUCGGCAAGGUCGGGGCGGUCGACGGCAAGCUGGCGGAUGCGCUUGUGGGCGGACUCUCGCCGCAGCUGCAGAGCCACUCGUCCGAGACCCUCGUCUCGGUGGUGUGGGCGCUGGCCAAGACGCCUGCGACGUCUGAGUCGCCUGCAGUUGUCGAGUUUCUGGCCGAGUCGCUCGAUGAGCUCGGGCGCCGGGCGAAGAGCUUGCCCAACGCCUCGCUCUCGCUCAUGGCUUGGGCCGGAGCCAAGCAGGCCGUCGACGCACCGGUUUUCUUCUCGGCCCUGGAGAAGACGCUCGCCGAGCGCGAUCUCGCUCAGUUUUCGACCCAGUCGCUGACCAACAUCCUGUGGGCCUUUGAGCAGACGGCGCACUUUCUCCCACACCUUUCACCGCGGCUGAUGGCGGCGAUGGAGGCCAAGCUCGCGCAGCUGUCGGCCACAGACGUCUCGCAUCUGUACCUCUGGCUGGCGCAGAGCCAGCUGCUCUCGGAGACCUUCACCCAGCGGAUCGUCUCGCGGGCGCUUGAACUACUUCCAGUCAUGUCGAACAUCGAGCUGACCAAGGUCCUUCUCGCUGUGGCCAACGAUGAGUCGGGCUUCUUCGCCUCGAUGGCCGCCGAGGGCUCGGCCGACAAGCAGGAGGUUCUCCAGGCGUUUGCAGUCGAGGCCGAGUCGCGACUUGCGCUUCUUGACCCGGUCGAGCUCGCCAUGACAACCUACGGCUUUGCCAAGGCCUCGUUUGUGGCCGUCCCGCUCUUUGACGAGUUUGCGUCGGCGAGCUUGCGGCGGAUCGGCGAGUUUGAGCGCCACUCGCUGGCCCAGCUGGCGUGGGCGUACGCAGCCAACGGACACCACUCGGAUGAGCUGAUGACGGCUAUCGAGGAUCGCGCGGUGGCACUGGUGCCUGGUUCGACAGCAUCAGACCUCAACAUGGUGCUCUCGGCCUUUGCGAAGCUCAACCACCCGGCGCCACGGCUGUGCAAGGUCAUCGCCAACGAGCUUGCCAAGAGCCGGACGCUGCGUGAUGGGCUCGCUGGUGAGUUUGACACGCGGGCGGCCACCUUUCUCGGCUGGUCGUACGCGGUCCUUGGCGAGUGGUCGCCCGAAGUCGCCGACCUCGUCCUCCACCACAUGUCCACCUCGGGUGCGCGCGCCUUGCUCUCGGACGAGUCGUGGAUGCAAGUGUACCAGUUUGAAGCCGCAUUCCGCGAGGCCUCGGCCGCCGCCGUCCUUCGCGGCUAUCGCACCCAGUCGAUGCACGCCUUUGCCAUCGAAAAGCCCGCGUACUCGUCACAGCUCCACCAGGAGGUGUCGACCGUCCUCGAUCGGCUCGGCAUCGAGCACGAGACCGAGCACGUCACGGAUGAUGGCAUGGCUGUCGUCGACAUUGUCAUCGACGGCCCGCAGCCCUCCGCGCCACGCAUUGCCAUCGAAGUCGACGGCCCGCUGCAUUACUGCUCUAAUGUGCCCCGCCGCGAGCGCGGUCGCACUGUCGCCAAGCGCCAGCUCCUCGAGUCGUCGGGCUAUGUCGUCGUCCACAUCGCUUACUUUGAGUGGAACGAAGUCGGCUCGGACGCCAGCAAGGAGCGUCUCCUCCGACGCAAGCUUCAGAUCGCCAAUCUCGCCGCGUUUUCGCACGAGCCCGUCAUCGACGCCAAGACGCGCGCCGCCGCUACUGCUGGUGCCACCGACGAGGCCGAGCCUUCGCUCUUGCGGCGGCUGGUGCGAAAGUGGGUGUUUGGCGACUCGUGA